AUGAGCGAGCACGCCCCCGAGCAGAGCUUCACUUCCGCGGAUCGUAUCCGGCAGCUGAACGAUGUGGACAAGGACGUCGCUAAGCUUAUCCAUUCCGCCGGUCUCGCCAUCCAGGCCCUGACCAACGCUAAACCCGACCCCUCCUCGUCGCCCGCGCCAGACGGCUCACUCGAUUCGCACAAGGCGCGGUUCAAAGAAGCGACCGCACAAUACUUUGCCCUGCUGUCAUCCAUUGACGUGCGGCUUCGCCGCCAGGUCUACGCAUUGGAGGAGGCGGCCGUCCUGGCGCCCGAGUCGAGCGUGCGAUCGGGGGAUACGGCUACGAGUUCUGGGGGUGGGGCAGCUGCUACGGCAUCAGGCACUGCAAAUCCUUUGGAUGUGAGCUGGUUGAAUAGCCGGAAAGAUACGGUCGGCAUGGACAAGGAGGCCGAACUGUGGGCGGCUGCGAGGGAAUUUGUUGAGCGAUUGGACAAGCCGACGGACGCAAACCGCGCCUCGAACAAGACGGAAAAUGGCCCGGAAGAGAUGCAAUUCGACUGA